UUUUGCUAACAGAAGCUCCCUCCAAAUCUUGCAAGAUGAACGUCAAAAUCCUUUCAGAGGAAAUAAUCAAACCCUCCUCACCAACUCCUCAUCAUCACCCAAACACCUAUAAAGUUUCCCUCCUCGACCAAUUUUCUCCAUCGUCCUACAUGCCAUUCAUCCUUUUCUACAAGAACAAGAACAACAGUCUAGACCAUCAAGAUUCUGCUCAAACCCUGUCUCACCUGAAGGAAUCUUUCUCUAAAACUCUAGCGAUCUACUACCCUCUAGCGGGAAGAUUCAGAGACGCUGCCACCAUCGAAUGCAAUGAUGAGGGAGGGUUGUACGUAGAAGCUCAGGUAAAUGCCACUUUACCCGAGUUUCUCAAACAGCCUGAUGUCCAAUUCCUCAAUAAUUUCCUCCCGUGCAAAGCCAACGGCCUGGAGAAGGACCGAAUACCACCUGUUGCUGUCAAAAUAACGCAAUUCCAAUGCGGCGGUCUUGUUGUCGGAGCCUGUCUAUUCCACAAAGUUGUAGAUGCAGCUGCUUCCGCUGCUUUUCUCAACAGUUGGGCCAGAGUUGCUCGUGGUGAAAAAGUUGUCGAACCAGACUUCUCAUCAGCAUCAGCCCUUUUCCCUCCCAAGGAUCCGUUAUCCGAUGAUUUCGUAAGAUACUUCGAUAACUUCUUCUUCCAGGGAAAAAAAUCCUACAUGAGAAGAUAUGUUUUCGACGCAACAGCACUAACGACUCUCAGGGCAAACGCUGCCAGCGAAAAGGUCCCAAAUCCGUCCCGCGUGGAAGCAUUAUCUGCCUUCGUGGCCGAACGCUUGACUUGGGCCUCUACAUCAGCAAAAUCUGAAAAUUUCUCGACGCUGAUGAUUACUCAUCCCGUCAACCUCCGACAGAGAAUUGAGCCACCUUUGCCUGAUAACACUUUCGGGAACAUAAUCUGGUUGGCCUUUGCCUUCUACGAAAUCGACCCUUCCAACACCGAGAAGAAGAUCGAUCUUGCUGAUCUGGUGAAAAUAUUGAGGGAAGCCUUUGCCGGUUUGAACAAGGACAGUAUUGCUGAGCUAGAUGCCGAUGAGGCAUUCAACGCCCUCAAUGAGGUGCUGGAAAGCGUGUAUACCAAUGAAAAUAUAAAGAUCUUCCGGUUCACCAGCGCAAACAACAUGGGUCUGUAUGACGUUGAUUUUGGGUGGGGAACGCCCAGUUGGGUAGCUCAUAUGGGGGAUAUGGUUGGCUAUAGGUCCAAGCAACAAUUCGUGUUCUUGGAAGCUACUACUGGUAAGGGGUUAGAGCUGUGGUUGGCCUCUGAUGAGGCUGAACUUUCCAUACUGGAAAAAGAUCCUGAGUUUCUGGAAUAUGCGACCCCCAAUCCAAGCAUUUGCAUUGAAUAAUUUGCGUGAGGGUUUGAUUGUCUCUAUUGAUCGAAAAACAGUUCAUGUGUUACUACUGCUCAGAAACAGUAGUUUGUGUAUUAUUACGUGUUGUAUGUAACAGUGGCUGACUACCCGAUAUAAUUUUGUCAAGAGCUAGAAUGCAAUAAAUUUGUAUGAAGGGCAGUCGUACGUGCUCGAAAAAUUCCAGAAUACUAUGUUUGUUUUUGUUUUAGCAAUAUGGGAAAAGGUUAUAAAAGUGUUUGGAUA